AAGACUACUACUACUACUCUCUAAUUUAUUGAAGUUUAAAGACGAACCAAAUCAUCAAAGUCUGGAAAUCUAGAAAGCACGAAGAAACUCAAGACGCUAAAAUAAAACAUCAAACAAAAUACCAUUGAAAACUUUUAAGAGAAUAGUAACGAACUUCCACUUUAUUUCAUACUAAUGCAAUAGCCCUGUAGGACAGUCGAAAGUAGCAAGAAGAAAAAUGGAUUUCGGAACACUACUCCAUAUGGCCAAGAAAAACAGUGAAACUAAUAAAAAUGAUGGAAAAUAUUACAGCACAAAGUUUGCUCCCCCGAAAAAGGAAUCGAAGGAGAAAAAGUUAUCAGACAACAUUAAGAAGUUCUUGCAAAAAAAGGAGGAGGAAGAAAGGGCCAAACAGAAGGAACAACAGGAAAAGUUAAAUACGCUGCUGUCCAUGAGAGAUGAGAAAUCGAAAAAUAAAAUUAGAAAAAUGUUGAAAGUAACUAAGUCGGCCAACAGAUCCGUCUUGGAAGAUGCUGUCAACACCGAACACACAGCAAUUACCAUGGCCGGCAUUGAUCAACCGGAUCAAGACGAUUACGGCUAUGUUUCUACCGAGGCUAAUUCCUUUUUCCAAAAAUAUAUUGAUAAGGUUAAAGACGUUAAAGAAGACAAAGGAUUUGCUCCAAGCAGGCCCCAGUCGCUCAAGGAUCUCACCGGUACAAAAGAGCGUGUGAAGGCUGCCAUCACUCGGGAAAUUGAGGAGAAAAACAGUCACACUCGUACUCGUACACCUAAGGAACAUUCAUCCAGUUCUAGUUCUGGCAUAAAUGUAGCACGGUCCUAUCAGACAUCGAAAACUCUUUACGAUCCCGAAGCUGAAAAGCGAGCCGAGGAGGAGGAGCGUAGAAAACGGGAAGAGGAAAUUCGUAAAAAACGAAAAGAGAUUCAAAAAAGACCACCACCACCAAUGGAUUUUCAAGCUUUACUGAAAUUGGCCGAGCAAAAACAACACCAACCCGUCGAAGUACCCGUUGUCGUUCCUAAGAAAAAGGAACCCGAAAGACUUUUGACAUCACGGGAGAAACGUGAAAUGGAGGAAAGAGAAAGAGCUAAAAAGGCGAGAGAACAAAGGGAACGUGAACGCAAUGAGGAUCCCAAAAAGAGCUCAAGCAAAAGCAGUUCAUCGGCUUCCUCCUCUGCAAACAGUGUUCAAAGAAUGGAACCCAAUGGCAGGAUACCCAAGCUAAGUCAAGCAGGAUCAUCAAAUAGCAGUGGCAGUAGUAAAGUUUCAUCAAGCAAUGCUGAUAGGAAACCAAUACCCCAGGACCUCAAAAAAUCAUCUAGCAGUUCAAGUUUAACGAAUAGCUCCAAACAUACCUCAAGCUCAAGUAACGCAACAUCGUCAAAAAGCUCAACACAUACUUCAUCAUCGUCGUCGUCAUCCUCACUCUCUUCGAGUACAAAAUCCAAACCAAGUGCCUCCAGUAAUCAAGCCAGCAAAUCUUCGUCGAGCGGUAGUAGCUCUAUAAACAAUAACAAGACCAACAGUUCUGUAAACAAUAAGGCCAGCAGUGUUGGCCAGAAGGCUAAUGGUGCUGUGACCAGCAAAAAUCCCUAUGGAAGUGUAAGCAAACAGCCAUAUAGUGGACCUGCUCGUGAAUUUCCACCGCGUGACCCAAAAGUUACAAAGACCAGAGAAUUUCCUCCACCUGAUGUUCAAAGGACGAGACAAUUUCCGCCGCCAGAUGUGCGGCGAGGACCAGGCCCCAGCAAAUACAGUGAUAACAAAAAAUCUUCAGCACCUAAAAGACGCAUUUUGGAUGAUGAUGAUUCCGAAUAUGAUUCGGAGUUGGAUGAUUUCAUCGAUGAUGGCGAUGAGGAAGAAGAUUAUUCUUCACAUAUCAAAGCUAUAUUUGGUUAUGACAAAUCAAAAUAUAGAGAUCUCGAUGAAGAAGAUGAUCGCAUGAUGGAAGCCAGUUUUGCCCAAAUCCAACGUGAAGAGUAUAUCAGUAAAAAGAUUGGCAUGCAGGAAGAUUUGGAAGACAUGAAAUUGGAGGCCAUGGAAAAGAAACGUAAAAUGAUGAAAAAGCGUCGUCUUGCCGAUGAUUAGAUGAUAUGAUGCAAUCAUACACAUAUAUUUUUACGCUUAUUAACUUGCUUUCAUUUCAAGGAGAUCGGAUUUAUAUUCACAUGGCCAAAAAAAAAUCUCUUUAAUAUAAUAUGCCUCUAUAACCUUAAACAUAAGAAUCUUUACAUAUAUAUGUAUGUUAUAUAUUUUUACCCUAUAAGUAGAAAAUUAAAGUAUUUUAUAAUAAAAAAAAUAAUGUUAUACGGAUGCAAUAUAACCGAAAA